UCUGGCCUACAUGCUGCAGAUGUCAGAGGUUCUGGAUGAGUUGGACCUGAAGAAGUACAACACAUCAGAGGAGGGACGACUGAGACUGAUUCCAGCUAUGAGGAACUGCAGAAAGGCUGUGUUGAGAGGCUGCAGUUUGUCAGAGUUCAGCUGUGCUUCUCUGGUCUCAACUCUGAAGUCCAACCCUUCCCAUCUGAGAGAGCUGGAUUUGAGUGAAAACAAGCUGUGGGAUUCAGGAGUGAAGCUUCUGUGUGAUUUUCUGGAGGAUCCGCACUGUAAACUGGAGACUCUGAGAUUGAGUUGGUGCUGGUUGUCAAGGAUCAGCUGUGCAUCGCUGGCUUCAGCUCUGAAGUCCAACCCCUCCCAUCUGAGAGAGCUGGAUCUAUGGGGAAACAACCUAUGGAGUUCAGAUGUGAGGCUGCUGUCUGAUCUUAAGGAGAGUCCAACAUGUAGACUGGAGACUCUGAGAUGGUGAUGAUCUCUGUAACAAUGUGCAUGAACAUCCAGGAGCAUGUGUUGUGAGAGGAUCAGCUGUAUCCCGAUGAUCCAGAGAGGUUUAAGCAGCAGCAGCAGCAGCAGCAGCUUGUGUGUAGAGAGGCUCUGACUGGGUCGUGUUACUGGGGGGUAGAGUGGAGAGGAAAGCUUCAUCCAGCAGUGACUGACAGAGGAAUCAGAAGAAGUAGAGAUGACUCUCAGUACUGCAGUCUGAACUGAUCUGAGAACAGCUUCACUAUCAGACACAAAGUCAAGUCCACCAUCUCAGUCUGGCUUUUGGACCAUCUAAAUCAUCUUCAGCAGGGGCUUGUUUAGAAAGACUUUUUAAAGUCAUAUCUUUGUAUUUAAAUUUUAAUCCUCUUUAAAACUGAGAUUUCCUUCCUUUUUGCUUUCCAACAUUGCAGGCUGAACUCCUGUAAAGAUUACAGGCACUGCAGUAUUUUGUGUUGCAGCUCCACCAUGUGUAAUGAUGCAGUGUUGCAGCUACUUUCCAGAUAAUAUUUCUUAUCACUUUAUAUCUUUCAGCAAAGAAUGCAGCAGUCAGCCUGCAGGUAAAGUCAAGUGUCAUUAAUAUUAGUGCUCAGUUUCAGUUCACCUUUGUUGUUUGUUGAUGAAUUCUGUAAUUGAUUGUAUUAGUGCUAUUAUUAAGACACACCUCACGGUAUCCACAGUCUGUCUCACCUGUUUCCAAGUUGUCAGAUAUAAAGACAUAUAUAUAAUUCAGCCCUGGUGGUGGUAAAUGAAACUUAUUUGUUCUCUCUAGAUUUUCAGUGUAUUUCUUUUGACUAUUCAGGUGUUUUGAAUAUACACCAGAUGCUUGAUGUACCCAGGACUAAACUUUCUCUACACAGCUUGUUCAAUUUCAGCUCUUGGUGUAAGUAUUUACAUUAUUACAGUAAGUGCAUUUAUGAGUCUGCUGCCUUUGAGUUUGUCAUCUUGUAUUGUCGCAGAAGAGAUUACAGCCCCUGAACAUGUUCCUGUUCAUAUCGACUGUCA